CUCCUCCACAUCCUCGGCCUUGCACUAAUCGCCUUACCACCACGAUUUUAUUUCCCCUCUUUUUAAUUCAUAAAGCAACCAGCCAUGAAGGUACCUAUUAUUAGUUACACGACGCUCAUUGAGCAACUAUUUUUGGACGUGACUCUCGACGACGCGAUCAACAAACCCGCUGGCACUCCAGUAGUCGAGCCCUGGGCUACUAUGUAUGUCGAUGCUAUCCUUGAAAGCCGGUUCGGUGAUGCGGUGUGGGCACGCUAUCACAUUUUCGGGGAUGUGGUCAAUGGUCUUGUCGACAAUAGAUUGACUGUGCUCGAGAGCAUCAAGGAAGACGCAAUAGGAUACAGGGUUGGUUACCCAGACAUCUAUUUUGACACUUUGCCCUUCUACAAGAAUACCAACAGUACAGAUGGACACCCGGAGGUGAUUCAGAUUAUCUUGGACGUUGCUUCGAUAGAUGUUUCCGCAUACCCCUCUGACACUGAAUUCGAAGAGUGUUGGCAUUCGUGUAACUUAGAGUAGUACGAGUUGAAAACAAUUGCCGGGGAAAUCCUAUUUAGAGCCAUGUCUGUCUGAACUAGUUAAAAGCCGGGCAUCAUAAUAUAAAACACAAGUAAUAUCUAGUACAGCUUGAAUAACCCCCUUCGUUCGGUACCUC